AUGCCGACCGAACCAGAACGCCGACAACUGGAAGAGUUAUACGGGAGCUGGUCCGACGAUGAGGACGACCUCCCCAUCGGCCCAGGACCCACGCCCGUCACGCCGCCAAGGGGCGAACCACCACGGGCGUCCGAUCCGCACCGACGACCACCGCGGGUAGGAACCGCGAUACAGCGGUCCGACGCCGAUAACAGGAGGAAGGCCCUCCUCCUGUUAUCGCCGCCACCACCACCGGACCGACGCCGGCGCCAAAAGCGGAGGCCACCACCAAAGCCCCGAAUCGCCCGGCCCGUCCCGACCAAAUGCGCCGCAACGGCAUACAACACCGCCAGGCCACCUGCGCCGAAACACGUCGACCAGCGACGGCAGCCUGAGCCCACAGCCAGGCUAACUGCCGCGCCAGCCGCACUGAGGUGUCCCGCCGUCGACCAACGACCACGAUCGAUCAACGCAACAAGAGCACUACCACCAACCACAAGCCCACCGACAGCCGGGCCACUCCACGCGGUGGGGCCACGCCCCCCGGAGCCUAUCACGGCAAAGGGCCUACGAUAUCCAUGGCUACUUUAUCGAAAGAAGAUCCUGGUGUGUCUAUAA